AUGACGAAAGAUAGAUUGAAAGAUUUGCAAAAAACUAGUCCAUGGGCACGUGGAUCGCAUCGAAGAUUCUCUCGACAACUUCGAAGCUCGGAUUUACCAAAUGCUGCUAACGAUGGUGCUAUGCAGCUUACUGCUAUCGAUAUAGAUAAGGACUACAAUGUGGCAGAAUUUUUAACUCAAAUUGAUCUAAUUCGUCUACUUAUCGAUAAAAUCGAAGAAGAUGCAGAAAAUGUUCGUCAAAUUCAUAGUAAAAUGCUUGAACCUAUGGCCGAUUCGAAACUCGCACAGGAACUCGAUGAUAAAACGGCUGAUAUAAAAAAGUUAUCGUACGAUGUUUCAGCAAAACUGAAAAAAAUGGAAAAGAUUCAAGAAGAUCUUCCCGAAGCUGAUAAAGCCAAUGCUGUUUGGCGUAUUAAGGAAACACAAAUAUUCAAUAUCACCCGACGUUUCCGUGAAGUUAUGAAUGUAUAUAACCAAGAGUUUGUUUUGCAUCGAGAACGAUGUAAACGAGCGAUCGUUCGUGAACUCGAAAUAACUGGUAAUCGGCGAACUAAUGAUGAACUAGAAGAAAUGCUUGAGCAUGGUUUCCCAGGAACAUUUAACUUCUCGAUUAUGGUCGAUAUUGAAAAAGCUAAGCAGGCUGUCAAUGAAAUUGAAGCACGUCAGCGCGAUAUAACGAAACUCGAAAAUUCCAUCAAAGAAUUGCACGACAUGUUCAUUGAUUUAGCUCAACUCGUUGCAACUCAGGGUGAAAUGAUUGAUAACAUUGAACAUAGUGUCUCCAAAGCUACCGAUUAUGUCAAUGAUGCCGUUGAGCAAGUCUACAUUGCACAAGAAGCUCACAAAUCAGUUAUGAAAAAAAAAAUCGUCGUGUGUGUCAUUUUAAUUGCUGUUGUUCUUAUUCUUCUCUUGAUCCUCGCUGCUUAUUUCACAACUCAAAGAAAAUUAUUAGGCAAAUGA